UUUCUACCUCUUUUUAAAAGCGUUUAUUUGAAGUUUUCUUUCUUUGUCAGUGGAAUUAAGCUUACUGUUCUGUUUGUAAAUGCAGAGACAUCAUCAAAGUUCGGCUCAGGAAUGUUUCUUCUUGUUCAAGUUGUGCUUUUGUUGGAUUUUGUUCAUGGAUGGAAUGACAAAUGGGUUAAAUACGAUGAACAAUUCUGGUACAUUGCUCUGUUUGUUGUUUCACUUGUUUGUUAUAUAGCAACAUUUUGCUUUUCUGGAGUUCUCUUCUACUUGUUUACCCCAUCUGGGCAGGACUGUGGGCUCAACACCUUCUUCAUUGUUAUGACUCUGCUUUUGGUGGUUGUUUUUUCCAUUAUCACAUUGCACCCUGUAGUAAGUGGCAGCAUUUUGCCAGCUUCAGUUAUAUCUUUGUACUGCGUGUACCUCACCUACUCUGGACUUGCCAGUGAACCAAGGGAGUAUGAGUGCAAUGGACUUCACAAUCAUUCUAAAGCUGUUUCCACUGGCACACUCACUGUCGGACUGCUUACAACUGUUCUAUCAGUUGUCUACUCAGCUGUCCGUGCUGGUUCUUCUACUACCUUACUUUCACCACCAAGUUCACCUCGUGCUGGGAAGCCUUUACUUCCCUUGGACAAGGCAGACGAGGUGGAAGAGAAAGAAAGGGCUAAGCCCGUCUCAUAUUCAUAUGCAUUCUUCCACAUCAUCUUCUCCCUUGCUAGCAUGUACUCUGCAAUGCUUCUCACAGGGUGGUCAACCUCUGUGGGAGCGAAUGGGCGGUUGGUUGAUGUGGGGUGGCCGUCUGUCUGGGUCCGAAUCAUUACGGGAUGGGCUACCGCAGGUUUGUUCAUCUGGUCCCUCGUUGCGCCUCAUCUUUUCCCAGAUAGGGAGUUCUGAAAAAUGCUUAAGCGGCCAUUCUAGAAACUUCUAAAUAUGCCUACGGGAUUAAAGUACGCUUGUAUAUUUUGUGCUGAAAUUUCUAGACAGUUGGAUCUUGGUGUGUUAUGUAUGAUGGUUACUUCGCGUGUGUGAAAAGUUCUCAAGACCAAUUUCAUGUCAAAAUAAAAACAAGCCAGUUCGCCCACUUUGUUUUUACUUUUACUUGUGUUUCCCCUGAUAUGGUAAUGGGAUUUCUUAUGCUUCAUUGAUGCUUGGUGGAAAAUUCAAGAUUGUUGAUGUUUUUAACAGAAUAAAAGAUCAGAUCAACGCGGCUA